AUUGAAAAAAAAAGAGGGAGAGAGAAGUAGAAAUCGGCAAAUAAUUAGUGUCCAUUAAGACACGCAUAUAUAUAUAUAUAUAUAUAUAUAUAUACAAAUGCAAUGCACAUUUCUGAUUUUUCACUCAAUCUCUCACUGCAUCUCUGAUCUCUAUAUAUACAACUCACAGAAAAACUGUUUUUCUGCAUUCUAUCCACAGAGAAAAUGGCUUCAACAAUCUCUCUCCGUCGUCGCAUUGCGCCUUUCGUGUUCGUUUUUCUGGUUUUGGCGGCUGUUUCAUCUGCAGAAACGGCCGACGACGGCGUCGGGGCUUCUGCUUUCUCGUCCAAUUUUCAGUUCCCCAAGAUCGAGGCGGAGAAACUCAUCAGAUCACUCAACUUGUUCCCUAAGCAGGGCGCUAACCACCACGCCGGCCGCGAGGACGAUCUCGCCGGCGCCUCACGGAUCGUCGAGAAGCCGGUGAGGUUCCCUUUCAUGGCGGAUUCGGAGCCUUCCGUCAAGGAUUUGGGCCACCAUGCUGGCUAUUAUAGACUCCCACACACUAAGGAUGCAAGGAUGUUCUAUUUCUUCUUCGAGUCGAGGAACAACAAGGCGGAUCCUGUAGUGAUAUGGCUAACAGGAGGGCCAGGAUGCAGCAGUGAGUUGGCUAUGUUCUACGAAAAUGGCCCCUUCCACAUAACUAGCAACAUGUCCUUAGCAUGGAAUGAUUUUGGAUGGGAUAAGGUAUCAAAUCUUAUAUAUGUCGACCAGCCAACUGGAACUGGUUUCAGCUACAGCUCUGAUGAUGAAGAUAUCAGGCACAAUGAGGAGGGUGUUAGCAAUGAUCUAUACGACUUCCUACAGGCCUUCUUUAAGGAACAUCCACAGUUUCUGAAGAAUGACUUCUACAUUACUGGAGAAUCGUAUGCUGGGCACUAUAUUCCUGCUUUCGCUGCUCGUGUUCAUCAAGGGAACAAAGACAAGCAGGGACUUCACAUUAAUCUUAAGGGCUUCGCCAUUGGCAACGGGCUUACUAACCCUGAGAUACAGUACAAAGCGUAUACUGACUACGCAUUGGACAUGAAAUUGAUCCAGCAAUCGGAUUACAACAGGAUGAUGAAGACAGUUUCAGAUUGUGAACAGGCAAUCAAGCUUUGCGGUGCUGAUGGUGGAUCGUCUUGCUUGGCUGCCUACAUGGUCUGCAACCGCAUCUUCAACCGCAUAGUGGACCUCUCCGGUGGUAAAAAUUACUACGACAUAAGAAAGAAGUGUGAAGGUGACCUGUGCUACGACUUCUCCACCAUGGAGGAUUUCUUGAACCUCAGAUCAGUGAGAGAUGGUCUUGGUGUCGGAGACAUAGACUUCGUGUCUUGUAGCUCCACGGUGUACGAGGCUAUGGUGACGGACUGGAUGAGGAAUCUUGAAGUAGGAAUCCCUGCAAUGCUGGAGGAUGGAAUCAAGCUGCUGGUGUAUGCAGGAGAGUAUGAUCUCAUCUGCAAUUGGCUAGGGAACUCGAGAUGGGUGCAUGCCAUGGAAUGGUCUGGACAGAAGAAGUUUGUAGCAGCUGCCACUGCGCCUUUCUCAGUAGACGGGGCUGAGGCCGGGCAGCAGAAGGGCUACGGGCCUCUCACGUUCCUCAAGGUGCACGAUGCGGGCCACAUGGUUCCGAUGGAUCAACCAAAAGCAUCGGUGGAAAUGCUGAGGAGGUGGAUGCAGGGGAAAUUAACACAAGCAGAUGAUCAUCUUGCUCCAAUGUAAAUACACUUACUGAAGCAAGCAGGAGCUGUUCAUGUAUACAUAUAUACAGAAGAAAUAUAGAGAGACUGUUUUUCCAAAACAGAUAAAAUGCUGAUAUGGUUUUUCUACAAAAAAAAAAUCAUUUUUUAAACCUGUAUUGGAAUUGCAAGGCCUUUUGUGAUUUGUUGUAAUGAAGGUUUAUUGAUUUAUGUUUGAAAAA